AUGUGUGCAGUGUAUGUGGGCUCCACGUUCAUCCAGGAGGCUUUGAGGAAAGCCAGGGAGCUAACGGAUGCUGCUUAUGCACGGACUAAUGAGAGAGUGAAGAUGUCUGUAAAAGAAGGUUCUUUUCGUCCCAGUGACCUGCUGGCUCAGUUUAAACAGAUCGGCACUGGUACCAGAGCGCAUAUCAGAGCUGCGGAGCUGCUGGAUAACACGGUGGAAGUCAUCAGAGAGAUGUCCAGUCCAGUACUCUGUCAGCAUGACCCUCACGUGAGUCCAUCAUGGCUUCUGUGUGUGUGUGUCUUAGAGCUUUUGAGCGUGGACGACGUGGAGACGUUGUUGGAAGCUACAGGGUGUUCGGCAGAGCUCAAGAGACCUGUGUGCAAAAGUAACUGCCUUUCAGAGCGCUACCGCACCAUCACGGGCCAUUGCAACAACAGGCAGAAUCCACUGCUGGGGGCAGCGAACACUCCGUAUGCUCGCUGGCUUCCACCAGCAUACGAAGAUUUUCCCGGCACACCCAGAGGCUGGAACCCCCAGCACACCUACAGUAACUUUACACUGCCUCCAGUAAGACGUGUUUUAUUAGUAUAUAGACUGCACAGUUCUAUGGAAACACUUUCCACUUCUAUUUAUUUAUUUAUUUAUUUAUUUAUUUUAAUGUUUCUGAUAUUUACAACAAUGAUUGCUCGCGUCGUGUCGCAGGAGGUGUUGUACACCCAGAACGAGAAGAUCUCUUUGGAUUUGUCUCUGUCUCACUUACUGGUCGAGUGGGGGCAGUGGAUUGACCAUGAUCUGUCACUGACACCUCAGAGCCCCAGUACGGCCUCGUUCAAGACCGGGGCGGACUGCACCCGUACCUGCAGCAGAGACACGCCAUGUUUCCCCAUACAGAGCUGCAUGCCAUUUUUCCGCUCGGCUCCCGGCUGUGUAGAUGCCUCUGUCGUGUGCCGUCACCGGGAGCAGCUGAACGCCAUCACAGCCUUCGUAGAUGCCAGUAUGGUCUAUGGCAGUUCAGACGAGUUCGCUCACUCUCUGCGUAAUCUGUCCUCUUCUCUUGGCUUACUCACACACAACCAGCUGCAUUCAGACCAGGGACUCGCCUACCUGCCAUACCUGCCCCGCACACACACCCAACUGGACCCGUGUGCACCACGACAAGACUCCAACACAGGAAAGAACACAACGUCUAUGGGCAACUUGACCUUCUGCUAUCUGGCAGGUGAUUCUCGGGCUAAUGAGCACUUGGGAAUGAUUGCUCUCCACACACUGUUUCUGAGAGAGCAUAAUCGAUUAGCCAAGGAGCUGCACAUGCUCAACCCCCACUGGAGCCCAGAUACACUGUACCAAGAGGCCAGGAAAAUCCUUGGAGCUGUCCAUCAGGUCCUGACAUGGGAUCACUACUUGCCACAUGUCCUGGGGCACGGAGCAUAUGCCAAACUCAUGCCCCCCUAUCAGGGUUAUGACCCUGAGGUCGACCCCAGCAUUACCAACGGCUUCUCCACCGCUGCCUUCCGCUUUGCCCAUGUGACCGUACAACCCGUUGUGAACCGACUCGGACCUGGAUAUCACCUCGACCCUAAACAUCCACCACUGCCUUUACACCACUCACUGUUUGCCUCCUGGAGGGUGGUAGAAGAAGGUGGUAUAGAUCCAGUGCUGCGGGGUUUGUUGUUAUCCCCAGCCAAGCUCCAGGCUCCUGAGCAGAUGAUGGUGGAGGAGUUGACUGAAAGACUGUUCCAGGCUCACGGCGGGCUGCCGCUGGACCUCGGGGCUCUGAAUUUGCAGAGGGGGCGUGAUCAUGGCCUGCCUGGUUACGGUGCAUGGCGAGAGUUUUGUGGCCUUUCCGUCCCUGCAAACGAAUCUGAUUUAAUAGAAAUUCUGGAGAACGUAGGCUUGGUGCGCAAGCUGCUGGCUCUGUAUGGUACAGUCUGGAACAUUGACGUGUGGGUGGGUGCUAUCUCAGAGCCUGCACUGUCUGGAGGGAGAGUUGGGCCUCUGCUAGCCUGUCUGAUAGCCAAACAGUUCCGCGCACUCCGCGAUGGAGACAGGUUCUGGUGGGAGCGAGAGGGUGUAUUCAGCACUGCUCAGAGACGCUCACUGCGUACGGUAUCUCUCUCUCGCAUCAUUUGUGACAACACGCACAUCUGCCUGGUGCCCUCGGACCCGUUUGUACGGACGCUCCGGCCUGACAAGCUGCUACCCUGCACACACACAAACAUCACACACCUUAAUCUCUCUGCAUGGAAGGAGCCAGACUCUGACCCAGUGUGUGGCUCCAUUCCGCGGCUGAAAGUGGGUUUCUCCGUGCUGUGCGAUUCUGCAGUGCUUUACCAGUGUCCAUCUGGCUAUCUGCUUCACGGGGCCGCUCACAUCACCUGUGAUCCAAACACACGCCUGUGGACUCCACACCCACCCACCUGUCAGGAUAUAGACGAGUGCUUCAGUGGGCCUGUCUGUCCACCAAACCUGCUGUGUCACAACACCCCAGGUUCCUUCAUUUGCACAGAAUCCACUACACUUGCUGCCAGCUCCAUCGCUGCUGCAGUGAUGACGGUGGUGGGAGGUGUUGCUGUGAUGGCUCUAAUACUGAGUUGCUAUACAAGGUUUUUCAUCAGAAAAGGGAGAGUCAGCAGGGCAUGCUGUAAUAAGAAACUUUGAAAUGUCCAUAUUAAAUUCGUCAGUGUUGCAUUUCACCCCUCCUAACAACUAGGGGUGAUGCGAAACAUCUGGAUGCCUCCUUUCAUAGUGAUGCACGGUGCAGUAUUUGCAAUAAAUACCGCUGUCAUGCAGCUCUCUUUGUUUUUCUUUACAAGCUUGAACUGUGUAGCUUUUACCCCUCACCUCUUCCCUGC